UCGUUGAAAGUACCGCGUUAUAACGACCUAGCGAAAUCUAACAAAUCAAGCGCCCCUCCAUCCUCAACUGCAAACCUGCAACUAUCUGAAACAACCUAAAUGAGCUCGUACUUUGUGAAUUCGUUCUCUGGCCGCUACCCUAAUGGCCCCGACUAUCAGCUGCUAAAUUAUGGAGCCACCGGCGGAGCGAUGAACGGAGCGACGUUCAGGGAGUCCUCCGCCGCCACCACCAUGCACCAGGCGACCGGCUCUUACGGUUACAGCUACAAUGGAAUGGACCUGACUGUCAGCAGCCGCGGCGCCAGCAGCUCCGGAGAACACUUCGGAGGCGGCUCGGUGGUCGGGGACUCCCGGGGAUUCGGCUCACCCGCGACGCAGCGUGGCUUCCGACAGCCCUCCAGUUGCUCGCUCGCCGCGGACGCCCUCGUCUCACCCAGCUGUGGCGACAUCAAACUGGCGACGGAGUGCGCAUCUGCGCGUUCCGUACCGCCGGGAAACAGAAACCUCAGCUCCCCGAUUCUUUCGCCCACCUCCUCGACCGGACAACGAUUCACAGAGCUGGACGACGACUCGCCGGAGCAAGAGGAGCUCCAGCACAGUCAGUCCACCCGGACCGGACACGCCAAACCCGCGCACAAGCAGGAGGUCGCCAUGGCAGGUUCAGACGCCACUUCCACAGCGGGCUGUGAGGUUCAGACCCCACAGAUAUUCCCGUGGAUGAGAAAGCUCCACAUAAGCCAUGAUAUGACGGGCCCUGAUGGAAAGCGGGCCAGGACGGCCUACACCCGGUACCAGACCCUCGAACUGGAAAAGGAGUUCCACUUUAAUCGGUAUCUAACGCGCAGGCGGCGGAUCGAGAUCGCGCACACACUCUGUUUGACGGAGCGACAGAUCAAGAUCUGGUUCCAGAAUAGGAGGAUGAAAUGGAAGAAGGACAAUAAGCUGAAGGGAAUGAGUAUGGCAAGCGCCGGGAGCGCCUUCCAGCCAUAGAAGAAGAAGGGGAAAAAAACCCAGGCCAGCCCGAAGGAUCCGUCAACCACGCUGGGUCUAUUUCUGUCCUAAUGAAAACAGUGAGGAAACUUGACGAGCCAGCAAGAAGGAGUGACUGAUGAAGAAAAGCCAGACGUCAAAUUAGGCAAAACAAAACGCGUUACACAGCAAGCACUUUUGAGUUGUCCAGCAUGUUAGAGCAAAGGGAAAUUCGUGUGGUACUGGCUCCUGUACAGACACAGGAGGGUGUUGGUGGUCGUAUUUUGUGAUGGACAGAAUAGAAAUACUACCUAACAACCAUGCUACCUAGACUUGUCGUUGUGUGUUUCAACAUUUUAUAUUUGAAUGUGUGACUAAAUGUUAGCAUGAAAGCUCUUAUUGGAAGUUUCUUAUUGCAUAAGUAUUUACUUGCCAGUAGCAACCGCGUGUAUCGUGCCUUAAGUCCUUUACGUCUAGGUUACUGUGUUAUUUACUUUAUUAUGUGUAUGUUAUUCUGAAACGUGUAUCUGUAUAUUCAUGUUGUAACUAUUGGACCCAAAGAGGAUGUACAUAGAUGUAAUUUUUUUAUGUGACAAGUUGGCUGUCGUUCCAGUUUGUGUGUGUGUGCGCG